UGCGCCUGCGCGGAGCUCGUGGCCGCGCCUGCUCCCGCCGGGGGCUCCUUGCUCGGCCCGGCCGCGGCCAUGGGAGAGGCCGAGGUGGGCGGCGGGGGCGCCGCAGGCGACAAGGGCCCAGGGGAGGCGGCCACCAGCCCGGCGGAGGAGACAGUGGUGUGGAGCCCCGAGGUGGAGGUGUGCCUCUUCCACGCCAUGCUGGGCCACAAGCCCGUCGGUGUGAACCGACACUUCCACAUGAUUUGUAUCCGGGACAAGUUCAGCCAGAACAUCGGGCGGCAGGUCCCAUCCAAGGUCAUCUGGGACCACCUGAGCACCAUGUACGACAUGCAGGCGCUGCAUGAGUCUGAGAUUCUUCCAUUCCCGAAUCCAGAGAGGAACUUCGUCCUUCCAGAAGAGAUCAUUCAGGAGGUCCGAGAAGGAAAAGUGAUGAUAGAAGAGGAGAUGAAAGAGGAGAUGAAGGAAGACGUGGACCCCCACAAUGGGGCUGACGAUGUUUUUUCAUCUUCAGGGAGUUUGGGGAAAGCAACAGAAAAAUCCAGCAAAGACAAAGAGAAGAACUCCUCAGACUUGGGGUGCAAAGAAGGCGCAGACAAGCGGAAGCGCAGCCGGGUCACCGACAAAGUCCUGACCGCGAACAGCAACCCCUCCAGUCCCAGCGCUGCCAAGCGGCGCCGCACAUAGACCCCUCGGUCCUGGCGGCAGCAGAGAAGCGGGUGAAGAGCUGUGGUCACUGACGGGGUCGGCUGGGUCUGAGUGCCACCCCCCAGGCCACAGUGAUACCACCCCAGUGCCGUGAGCCCACACUGCCCGCCCUCAGGCUCUCAGGUGAACGUGGCCGUCAGCGGGGAAACGUGUGUCAGUUGGACCAUGUGGGACCCUGAUGGACCUGAAAGACCAGGAUCAGUCCAGCUCAGAUGUUGAGGGCUCCGAAGCCUCGUUCUGUCUUUUCUGGAGCAGCUGUGGCUUUCCCCGGGGCUGCUUGGUGACAUGGAUUAGCUCUACAUGGGCUGCAGCAUUUGGGAUCCAGGCUACCUAGAGGGGCAUCAGGCCAGGGGAAAACCUCGGAUUAGCAAGCAAUAAAAACAUGACCUCACUCUUCCUCAAAGGAGCCACUGGUCUUCCCUGCGUGACUCAGUUCUUUCCAUCUGUUUGUCCCGCUGCAAGCCUCUUUCUGCACUGACUGUGACAUCAGAACAUCACCCGUCCGUGCCACGCACUGACAGCCCCCCCCUCCACCUGGGAAACUAAGAACUGGAUAUUUUGCCUCAUUCACUUGUACUGUAACAAUGUAUAUAAUUUGGUUGGUAUUUCACUAUUUAAUUUUUAAGAAGCCUAUUUUGCUAGUGUUUUAUAUGAACAAAGUACUGCAGAAGUUAAACCUGUGUUGUAUUUUUUCUGAGAUGUUUUGCUUUAAGAGAUACUUUUUGCUCAGUUUUUAUAUGCCAGAUACAGAGAAUUUGUAGCGGUUAUUUUUGUAUGAUCUAGUAACUUGCAAACAGACCAAAUGGGUGAGAGGCGGGACCGUGCAGCUGUCGGGCUGAUGAGGAGGAGGUGGCCGCCCCAGUGCUGAUGGAGAUACCACUUUUGUGUGACUGCGAACAUUAAAGCACAAAAAAAUCCAACCUGGAGUUGUGUGAUUUUCAUACCAAAGUAAGUUAACUUUUCCUCCAAAAGGAAGUUUUUAUUUUUCCAAGAUUUAUAACUAAAGCAUACACUUAGAUGACUUGGUAACAUUCACUUGAUACAAUGUAUAAACAAAAUAGUAACAGAUUCUGAGUGGUUAUUUUGUGGACUGUUACAAGCACUUAAAAUACAGAAUGUUAGGAGGGCAAAACGGUGUGGGCCCUGGUAGGUCAGGCAGGCACCAGCGAGCUCCUUCCUGCUGAAAGCUGCGGCUGCGAGAUGAGACCGCUGGCUGGGCCGCAGAGUGAAGUCCAGUGUUCCAUGUGUGGACAGGGAGACAAGCUCUGUCCUGGCCAGCCAGCGCACCCCAAUGUCUUCAGCUUGACGCUGCUUCUCUGCCAGUGGAGUCUCCUCCACCACAUGGGAACGUUCCUGGCCAUCUGUCCCUGGAGUCCUCCUCACCAUGAUGCAGAUCACAAGGCACCCACUAAAGAGGCAAAGCCAGGAAUCCCGUGGUGUGAUCGCCCCAUGUGGCACUUGCUGCUCGUCUGCACCAAACCUGCUGUUGCUUCUGGGGCAGAAGAACCCAGGGAAGCUGCUGGUCUACGGCUUGCCCGAGCUGCACUCCCAGGGUAGAGCAGCUGCCUGGGGGACCCUGUGGGUCCCUUUUCUGUAGAGCCGGGACAAAUCCACAGCCCUGCUGUAACAGCCUGCCACAAAGAGCAGGCACCUGGAGGGCCCCACACCCAUGGACCGAAGGACUGAACCCGCCUGGCAUUCUUCCACUCACACCCCAAAUACUCAGCCCUGCAGCCAGGGAAGGGUGGGGUCUCCCUUUGCUGCCCAAGUGUGCCCCCUUACCCGUGCGAUCUCUCCUGAGAGGUCAGCCUCAGUCAGGGCUUUGUGCCAGGUCCUGUCCUGGAGUCUCGGUCUGGGACAGCAGCGUAGCUCUUAGGUACUCCAGAAGCAGCAGGGGAAAGAGGGACAAACACUAACACGGGGUGUCACGGGAUGGCCAGAAGGAGUCCUGCUCUCUACCCAGGCUCACUGUUGUAAACCUCCAUCUGAAACUGCAUCUUGGGUGACCUCAGAUUGUGCUGGGAAAGACUAGUUAAUAAAUCUGCCUUAUCU